UCGGACGCGAGGGCGGGCGGGGUUGCCCGCGCCGCCGACUGCGCCUGCGCCCGCCCGGAGCCGCCUGAGAUCAAGUUACAAGAACAACAUGAACAAUUUUAUCCUUUCUUGGAACCAUGGAACCCCCAAGUUCAAUUUUACACUGUGUACAGCUGUUUGCAAAAGACCUUUUCCCAAAUGUUGAGGGAGCUGUAUCCUCACUUCUGUAUGAAUGUUCCAAGUUUAUUUCAUUUUACAACCUUACUGAAAGAGGUACGUACAGCAUCAUGGAGGCCAUGGAUGUUGAGAAAACAACAAUUUUGCCUGAUCAGGCUGCCCUUAUUCCAGGCAGCAGGAAAGAAGAACUCCAAUCUCCUUGCACUAAAUGAGACAGAAUUAAAAGAACAGUUUAUAAGAGGUGAUGGCCCAGGAGGUCAAGCCACUAAUAAGACAAGCAAUUGUGUUGUACUGAAGCAUAUUCCAACUGGGAUUGUCAUUAAGUGUCAUCAAACAAGAUCAGUAGAGCAGAACCGAAAGAUAGCCAGAGAAAUCCUGCAGGAAAAGGUUGACCUCUUCUAUAAAGGGGAAGAUAGUGAUGUUUUUAAAGAGAAGAAAGCAGCAGAGAAGAAGAAGCAAGAAAAGAAAAGAAGAGCAAGGGAAAACCUAGAAAGGAAAAAGCAUUUUAAAGAGCUGCAACAAUUAGAUGGCAAAUAAACAUGUGAAAUACUGACUUUUCCUAAUUGAAACAUCACAAGCUGCCACUGAAUUCUGACCUUCAACAACGAAGGGAGAGAGCUUUCAGAACCAAAGCUUUAGUGUAUAUUUUAAAAGCAAGGGAGACUACCUAGCAACUGUACCUCCUUCCUGCAGCGAUGACUGCAUCAGGACUGUGCCAUGGAUGGAAAGUCUCCAGCACUCUGCAGUCCCAUUCUCUAGGCUGUUCUUGAACUUGAGCCUCCUGCGUGAAGGUUAAACCUUUAUCUAUUGAGAGUUCUCUUGUACAUAAAGUAUGAAUUUGAUUAAAGUGACUGUACAUAGUUUUAAUACAAACUGUUAAUGAAAAUAAGCUUUAUUACAUCAAGUAAUAAAUACAUAUAAAGAUGCAAAUAA